AUGGAUGUGAUCCGUGAUGCUGAAUCAGAAAAUUCUCAAGAAAACAUAGAAAAUAAUGAACCAUCAGUUUCAAAUAUAUCAAGAGAAACCAGUAAUAGUAAUUUAACAGAAGCAAGCAGUAGCAAUUUCACA